AUGGCCACGGGUGAGUCGAGGGAUGGGACAUCGCACGGACACAGCAAGCGGCAGCGCCUGCAGCUGCUGGACGUGACGGGGCUGCCGGAGGACGGCCCGGAGAGCGCCGGCCCCUGGGCCACCACGGUGUCGCUGGCCAAAGCCUGCAUCGAGGUGGCCGAGCGGCAGCGCGCGGCGGCCGACCUGCGGCUGCCCUACAGCAACGUGGACGUGCGGCGCCUGCCGCCCGGCGCCGACCUGGGCGGCCUCGCGGCGCAGCUCGGCGCGCUCGCCCGCCUCAAGGAGCUCAACCUGGGCUCGUCCCGGCUCUCGGGGCAGCUGCAGCUGCUCCUCGGCACCCUGCAGGGUCCCCUGGAGAGCCUGGAACUGCCCUUCUGCUCACUGCUGCCCUGCGACCUCUGCUACCUGUCGCAGAGCCCGCACGCGCCGGCGCUCAAGAAGCUCGACCUGAGCGGCAACAACCUCUCGGCGUCGCUGCUGCAGCCCUUCGUGGAGCUGCUGGUGGCGGCCGCGGCCUCCCUGCUGCACCUGGACGUCAUGGAGUGCCGCCUGCGGGAUGCGCAGCUGCAGGCGCUGCUGCCGCCGCUGCAGCGCUGCGCCCGCCUGCGCUCCCUGGGCCUCUUCGGCAACCCGCUGUCCAUGGCGGCGCUCAGGGCGCUGCUGCUGGGCACAGCGCCGCUGCCCGACCUGCGCCUCGUCGUCUACCCCUACCCCGUGGACUGCUACCGCGACGACCUGCCGCCCUCCUCCUCCUCGUCCUUCCUGUCCGACGGCGCCGUGGACGAGGAGCGGCUGGCGCGGGCGGCCGCGGAGCUGCAGGACCUGCUGCGCAGCGCCGGCCGUGCCGACGCCGUGUGGACCACGAGCCUGAGCGCCCCCGGGGUUCCGGACUGCAUCGAGCUGUAG